AUUUGACGAGAGAAAGCAAAGUAGGAUCAUCAUAACCGGCUGACUCAACAAUAGUUUUGUCUUUAAUGCAAACCGUUUCCCAACGUAAUGUUUCUCUGGCUAUGAUCUACAUUCUAUAGCAAGUGUCUACUUCAUGUGAGCCAUGAAAAUGAAGCGUCAAGAUAAUAAGCGGGACUUGUAACCUCAAGGACGUGUGUGAUUGCUUCAGGACCAUGGAGCCAGAUGUGAUACGUAUGUACUCAUCUUCUCCACCCCCUAUGGAGGACGGCGCCGAAGAAGAGGACGAUGAGUUUGGUGACUUUGGUGGGUUUUCCGGUGUCCCCAACAGUGUCAGCUUCACAGAGUUUGACACCCCAGCUACCUUCAACCAGAACCAAGCCUUGACCGCCACCUCGCCGCCCGAGCUCCUCAACAACGGAGGUGUGGUUGCUAUAUCUAACCUUAGCUGUGGUUCUGUAAGUCGGGGUCCUGCAGAAGACCUCUCAAAGACCAAUGGGGUUGUGCCGGGAGGGGAUGGCAGUCCUUCUGACCGAACUGUCAACACUGAGGACCUGAAAAGGCUUGCUGACCACUCGCAACCCAACCAUCACUCGAAUUCUCUGGACCUUGACAGGAAUACCCUAACUGACAACAAACCUUUGGAUUGCAAUGGCGGUGUCGUGGAAGUCCUAACAAAUGGCUUUGCCUCUUUCGAAGUGCAGGAAAUCCCCUUGUCCUCACAGCAUGCUGUCCACCCUCACCCGAAGGGAACAUCCACAGAGAGUCCAGACGAGUGCCCUCCUAGCCCGGAAGAAGACGAUUUUGCCGAUUUCGCUGCUUUUUCGAACGCAGACAUUCAAGGACACCUCAGCCAGUCGACCAACCUGAGUGAAAACACGGAUUGCACAGAGGGGGGUGAUUGUCUAGCAGAAGGGGCCGACCGACGGAAUUCAAACACGGGGCAGGAGAGUGGCUCAGAGGACAUCGUCAGAGACUGCCACGAAACCAACGCAGACACUCCGGGGCCUGAUUCCAUUUCUCAUCCUGCCGUGGCCCUUGACCGACUGAGCAAUGGGGACGGGGUCUUUCACACGGACGGCUACACUGAAGAUAGGGACAUAGCCUUUGCACCAGAGCCCUCAAGCUCAGAGGCACUUUGCACUAGGGAACCUGUUGCCCAGAAUGGCAUGGGUUCCGAAGGGUCAGACGAGGCACUUAUCGAGGAGAACGGAGUUUCGCCAGACACCGGCGGAGACAGGGAAGGAGAGCAAGCGGAUGAGAAAAGUUCCGGAAACGAGACGGAGACCGAAACGGAGACGGAGACGUCGUUCGGACGUCCGCUGUCGACCGAAGCCCUAGAGGAGUACGGGGACAUGAGCACUACAGGUUCGGUACCGUCACCACCCCUGCAGGAGGAGAUGGCCACCCCCGUCGGUCACAGUCAACUGGCCGAGGACGACGAAGACUUUGGAGAAUUCGGGGACGUGGGCUCGUUCGGCGGACAGGGUUUUGCCGAUUUCGAACAGCCCGAGACGCAAGAAGACUGUGUUUCGACCGGCUCGAACGCUGUACCCGCGCAGGAACUGGGGGACGAUGAGGACUUUGGCGAUUUCGAUAGCCCCCACAACCCUCCCGUCGACAAGGACACGGAGGACAGGGAGGAGUUCACCGAUUUCCCCGGCAGCGACAGUUUUGCCGAUUUUAGCUCGGCCGCUGUCGCCGGGGACACUGACGCAGACGCUGGCUGGAAUGCCUUUCACGAGCCAGAACAAGGUCAAGGGGAGGGAGACUCCUGGGCUGCGUUUGGGGGGGAGCAGAGCGCCGCGCCGUCGGAGAAGAGCGAAGACGAGUGGCAAGAGAGCGGAGCUGUGACAUCUUUUCCAUCCAUCAGGGAUGACGCCAGUAGAAGGGAGAGUCUGUCGGCGUCGUUGUCCUGCCGACUGGAGAAGCUCUUUCAGGCCACCUUCCCAGAGACACCUGUCCCUCAGGUGGGGGAGGAGGUGCUGUCCCUGAAGACCCGUCUGGAGCCUCCUGAGAGGUUAGAGCAGGAGGAGGAUGGGAAGGGCAGCGCCACAGAUAACAGGGGAUUGUGGGACGUGUGGAGGCAGCUGCAGGACAUCCACAAUUCCUUCGGUCUGAGGCACCAGUGGGGGGGCUCCCACAGCAACAAAACCCUGCUCUGCUCUCUGGGCAUCGACACCAGGAACAUUUUGUUCACAGGUCAGAAGAAGCAGCCAGUGAUCGUCCCCAUGUAUGCUGCCAGCUUGGGCAUGCUGGAACCCACCAAAGAACCUGUGAAACCCAUUUCGGCCGCUGAGAUGAUUGCAUCCAUAGCACAAGCGCCUCCAGUGGCCCCUGAGAUAAGCACCUGUCCCCCGGAUACAGCGCAGCAGGAAACACUCCCGCCCGUCCAGUUUGACUGGAGCAGCAGUGGCCUUACUAACCCUCUGGAUGGAGUUGACCCGGAGCUGUAUGAGUUGACCACAGCCAAAAUGGACCCCAGUGGCUCUGGAAGCCGAGUGGCAGAUGCCUUUGCCCGCCUUAUGUCCACCAUGGAUAAAACCAGCACCUCAACAAAAAAACCCCGGAAAGAGGAGAACUUGAGUGAGGAGGCGGCGAAGGUGAUUGCGUGUCUGCCUGACCUGUCCUUCAUGCAGGCCAAAGUCCUGAUGUUCCCCACCACGCUUAGACCCCUGGGCUGCUCAGAACCCAUGUCGGACUGACCCCCCUCCCCCCUCAAAACUCCCUCAAAAGCCCUCCUCCUCCUCCAUCACCACCUUGUCGCUUCCUGUCGUUUGCUCUUUGACUUUACGGUGGCCAUCAUCGUUUACCCGUCGUUCCUUUUUCUCAACUUUUUUUUAUUUCAGUUGAUUUUUAAUCAUAAUUUUUUGUAUCACAUUGUCCAUCAAUAUGGGAAAUGGCUUUGUCAGAC